GUAUGUGUGUGAGAGAGGCAGGCACACUCAGUUCUGAUAACAGCAACAGUAGGAGGAGGAUGAGCUUGGCUCCGCCCCCUUUGCGUCUCGCAGCUAUAAAUAGGAGCUGGUGUUUUUUGCUCUUCUCACUUGUCUUGAAGGAUGAGGUCCCUGAAACACCUCAAACAUCACACCAGGAGUAAUGUGGAAGAGCAGGAAGUUCCUCUGGUUCGCUGCUAUUCUAUAGUGAUGGAGCAUGCAGUGGACGUCGGCACUCAGACUGAACCGGUGGUGGUCCUGUCCCUGGCCCAGGCUGCUGUGCUGGGACUCAUAUCGCAGAACGAAAUCUUCGGAGCGACAAUUGCCCCAAACGGUUUCUACAUGGGAGAGGGACGUGAAGGCCCCGCUCCUCCUGCAGAAUCUAUGGAGUAUGAAUAUGCAGAUCAGCUAAUUGGAGCUAAUGGAGACUAUCUAUCUGAGCCUCACAGGGAGAAGAGGAGGACAGAGAAGAUCUACGGGUCAGAACGCAGGCGUCCAGGACCCCGUGGGAGGACCAAGAGGUCCUUGAGUGAAGGAACACCAGAGGAAUCCACGGAGAGGUCUCCGGACACACCUAAUCAGGUGAAAGGAGAGAGGCCUGAGUUCUCCAACCCAUGUUAUCUCUCAAAUCCCCAGCAACCUGACAAUGAGCCAGAAGUGUUGGACCUAGCACCUCGGAGAGUGCCAAUGAAAGAAGAGCAGUGUAACAAAGGCUACCCUGAGACCUCGAGGGAGCCAGCCAUCCAGCAGGUUGACUCUGACACUCAGACACAAGCCCACCAAAGCCCUGUGGGCCAUGGAAAAGUGUUGGUGGAGUCCUCUGAGGGAGGACGGGGAAAGGAGGAGGCACAAGAAGAGGAUGAGGAAGUGGAGGAGAGCGCACUGAACCUGAAAACAACAGAGGAGGAUGUGAGCCCAGCAAUAAGGUGCUACUAUGAAUCCAGUGUGACCGCAUAUGAGGCUGCUGAGAUGGGCCUGCCAGGAGACUAUGAGGAGGGCAGCCAGGCCAUGAUGUGGACUGAGGGUGAGAACUCCUUGGGUAGACGGAUGCAGAUUGACCGGCUAGAUAUUAACGUGCAAAUUGACGAAUCAUACUGUGUGGAUGUGGGAGAAGGCCUUAAACGCUGGAAGUGUCGCAUGUGCGAGAAAUCCUACACUUCGAAGUACAACUUGGUUACGCACAUCCUGGGUCACAAUGGCAUCAAACCACAUGAGUGUCUGCAUUGUGGAAAGCUCUUCAAGCAGCCCAGCCAUCUUCAGACGCAUCUGCUAACGCACCAGGGGACGCGGCCACACAAGUGCACAGUCUGCAAGAAGGCCUUUACCCAGACUAGUCACCUUAAACGGCACAUGUUGCAGCAUAGCGACGUCAAGCCUUACAGCUGCCACUUCUGCGGCCGAGGAUUUGCCUACCCUAGUGAGCUACGUACUCAUGAGACCAAGCACGAGAGCGGCCACUGUCAUGUUUGCACGCAGUGUGGCAUGGAGUUCCCCACUCACGCCCACCUCAAGCGGCACCAGGUCAGCCACCAGGGCCCGGCAACCUUUCAGUGCACUGAAUGUCAUAAGUCCUUCGCCUACCGUAGCCAGCUCCAGAACCAUCUGAUGAAGCACCAGAACGUGCGGCCCUAUGUCUGCUCAGAGUGCGGCAUGGAGUUCGUGCAGAUCCACCACCUGAAGCAGCACAUGCUUACACACAAGGUACUGACACAGCAGGCCAUCGAACACAAGGGUAUGAAGGAAUACAAAUGCGAUGUGUGUUCUCGCGAGUUCACGCUCUCUGCCAACCUGAAGCGACAUAUGCUGAUUCACACUAGUGUGCGCCCUUUCCAGUGCCACGUCUGCUUCAAGACCUUUGUUCAGAAGCAGACGCUUAAAACACACAUGAUUGUCCACUUGCCUGUGAAACCUUUUAAGUGCAAGGUGUGCGGGAAGUCCUUCAACAGAAUGUAUAACCUGCUGGGUCACAUGCACCUUCAUGCCGGUAGCAAACCCUUCAAGUGUCCUUACUGCACCAGCAAGUUCAAUUUGAAGGGCAACUUGAGUCGACACAUGAAGGUAAAACAUGGAAUCCUGGACACCUCAACUGAAGGACAAGAUGUCCUGCCUGAUGCGGAGGGUCAGGAAGAAUACGAGGAAGAGAGCUUUGAUUACAGUGAGAGGGAGAAUCUAGCCAGCAACAACGCACAAGAUUUGGCGAAACUCGCCAAAAUUAGCUACUACAACUACUCUAAGGUUUCUGCUCGCUACAACACAACUUAAAAAGCUGACUGAGACACUAAAAUGUGGUUUAGGGGGGAAAAAGACUUUAAUGGUCAUUUCUGUAGUACUCUUGACUCAGACAUGAGCCACUGAGGAAAUAGCCAUCAUGAAGUGGAUGUGCACUGGAAGCCAUUUUGGCUCUGUGAAACAAAUGUGAUAGCAGACUGAAGCUUCAUUUUAACAUGUCAUUUCACAUUAGGGGCCAUCCUGAAGAAUAAAGGACUGUGUGUGUAGGUGCUAUUGUUUUUGAAACAAAUGUUCCACUUUUGCCCAUUACAGUGCAGUUUUUAUCAUUUGUAGGUCACAUUCAAUGGUGCAGUGAAACAAUAUGCACAGAUGUAAGAAGGCACUUAAUCUAUACAGACAAUCCACAGCUCUGACGGCCAUAAGGCAUGGGACAGUUAACCCAAAAAAUGAAUAUUUUAUCAUCAUUUACUCACCUUCAUGUUGAUAACCAAACUGUUGCUGGUAACCUAUGAAAGUCAAUGGCUACCAGCAACUGUUUGGUUACCAACAUUCUUCAAACUAUCUUAUACUGUAUGUUCAACAGAAUAAAGACAUGCAUACAGGAACAACAUUUUCAUUUUCAGGUGAAUUGUCCCUUCAGUCUUGUUGGUGGUUUUACUGCCCAGCAAGUUAGAUACCACUUUAUUGGAUUUAACCAAAGCUGACAAAGUGCAAAUAGUUCUCAUUACAUGUUAACUUUCCCAGAAUUUAGUUUUUAAGCAUACUGUGACUUUUGUUAAGAUUCCCUUUCAGCAGUUUGUGGUUUUCGAUGAGCAUAUGCAGUUUGUAGCUCACAGUGGAUUGAGUUUGUGGGAAAGUUUUUCCAGAGCAUUCUUUUUUUUUUUUUUAUAAUGAUGAGCCAGCCCAUGGCAUUUGAUCACUGUAUAGCCUUCCGGAUAUUUUUUUUGUUUGUUUGUUUUUACAUUUUUGCAAAUAGUAUUUAUUGGUCAAUGUUCUUGGCAUUCAUAAGUGUAAAUGCAUUGCUAUUGUUCCAGAUGGACGGAUUUUAUUUCAAGUUGAAAAUAUACAAGCUAAGCCAUGGGUUUAGUUCAAUUUGAGUAUAAUUGCAUUAUUUACCCAAGUGCAUUGUUUGGUCCAUCUUCUCUAAAAUACAAGAAUCUUCUGUCUAAAUUAUAUAUUUUUUUCCAUCUUUAGUUUGAUGAAUGUAAUAAAACAAACUAAGAUUUGUCCCUUUAAA